CUCUGAUGGUGAACACGAGGAGUACUCGCGGCUGACUGUGGCUCAACUGCAGUGCGUGUUAGGGGAUUCCAGAACCGAAGGCGAAGGUCGCAACGCUCCAACACUAUCCCUUUCUUCAAUCGCUUGCCUGAGUUUGAUCUCCGCCACUCCUCGUUCUUAAGUACUUCCCUCAUUCUCUUAGCUACGAGGGUGGUCGUAAAUCGCAAUGAGAUUGUCUCGUUCAGCUCGAAUCACGCUAUUGCUUGUCAUUGACAUUCUAUUCUUCUUCUUGGAACUCGUUGUUGGUUAUGUUGUCGGUUCUCUUGCUCUUGUCGCCGAUAGCUUCCACAUGCUCAAUGAUGUGAUGAGUUUGGUUGUCGCGUUGUAUGCUAUCAAGCUGACAGGAAAGACCGCCAAUCAUUCUCGUUACUCCUAUGGCUGGCAAAGGGCUGAAAUCCUUGCAGCUUUAGUCAAUGGUGUUUUCCUUCUUGCACUAUGUUUCUCUAUUAGCUUGCAGGCAGUAGAACGCUUCUUCAGUCUUCAAGAUGUAUCCCAACCACUUCUCGUGGUUAUAGUGGGAGCUUGCGGUCUUGCUUCGAACAUUUUUGGACUGCUCUUGUUCCACGAGCAUGGUCACUCUCAUUCACAUGGUCAUUCUCAUGACGACAAAGAGAGCGGCCCUUUGCCUGUAUCACACACCAUCACCGACAAUAUACCUAUGCAAGACUCAUCUAUAAUUAGAGGUCGCACAGGAUCUUAUUCGUCGAUGUACGGGCACCCAGCCGCUACUCGAGCUGCAGUUACACAAGCCGCGCAGGACAUUGCCAUAGCUUCCCCUAGUCAACACCGACGAAACACUUCGUCAUCCCGCUCUAUACGUGUAGAUCCUGACGGUUCGCUCGAAAUCAACGAGACUCCUCGCCUUGAUUACGAGCAAGAUAAAUUCGAAUCUUCCACAGUGCCCCUACCUCCAAGUGGUCAUAGUCAUGGUCAUUCACAUGGAUCGAUGAAUAUGCGCGCCUUGAUGCUUCACGUCAUGGGUGAUGCCCUCGGCAAUAUCGGUGUGAUUAUAACGGGUCUCGUCAUCUGGCUCACCACUUGGGGUGGUCGGUUCUACCUUGACCCCGCAGUCAGCCUCGUCAUUACUAUUAUCAUUUUUACGUCUGCCUUACCUCUAGUUCGGAGUGCCUCUUUCAUCUUGCUUCAAGGAGUCCCACCAACCGUAUCGCUCGAAGACGUUCGCGACUCCAUCCUGAAAGUGGACGGCGUCCUAUCUGUACAUGAGCUUCACAUCUGGCAACUCUCAGAAUCCAAGAUCGUCGCGUCUGUGCACGUCAUGGCCUCCAGGAACCAUGACUUCAUGCCCGUUGCUGCGGACAUACGCAAGGCUCUGCAUCUGAACGGCAUCCAUUCCAGCACGAUCCAGCCGGAAUACCACCCUCGUCCUUCUAUAACCACUGAGGAUGAUCUGAAGACAUCCACGGAUUCGCCUUGCUUGAUUCUCUGUCCUAAAGAUCAGCAUUGUGAUCCCCUGGAGAACUCUUGUUGUCCGCCGCCACCGCCGCCCGUUGUGUAAACCUCAAUACCUCAUUCCACAUACCUUAUUGCAGUCGUAGAUUUAGAACGUGAUAUUCUUUUGAUGUGUGACCCAUGACUUUUCAAGCGAAAACUGAAGAGCAGUAAUAUGAUAUCUCCGUCCGCAUAGUAAGCGU